AUGACUGGCAGCAUCCAAGGUUCUGCAAUUGACGACAGCUUCGAGACUCUUACCAAUGCCCCGGACGCGUGGGUGUCUGGUCGCUAUGCGGCACCGCCUCCAGUAGACUAUCAACACUACGUCGAACCAGGAGACACACGCAGCGCUGUUGACGACAGGUGUUUCACAGAGUACGGAGCUGUUGAGCACACGCGAUACGUCAGCAAAACAUCAAGGCCAUCAAAGCCUGAUCUGAAGCACCGUCGAUCGCGCCAGACAUCAACCAAGCCGCCAUCCCAUGGAAAACGACGCCCUUCGCCCAGCUUCCGCAUUCGCAGCAAGGACGGUGAUAGCGUUGUCGUGAGCAACCCAUUUGUGCUGCGCAAGCCAUCUCGCCCUCAACCUCGCCGAGAAUCAGAAACGUCCUCUCAGACAGAUGACCGAAGUCAUAACUCUUCGACGACAGCCGCUCACUCUCGUACCUUCCAGAUCCGCAUCAGAGGCAAGAAUGGCGAGGAAGCUAUACAGGAGAUCAGAAGACCACUGCACUUUGCCUCGCAGUCUGGCGACGUUCGUGAGUCGCAAGUAACUACGCUUGUUGAAGACGCCUCAGGCCGGGAGGAUGUAAAGUACUGGACUGCCAAUCAGGCAGCAUCCAGCCAGAAACACGACCAGAGACAUAAGAACAAAUCGCUAACCAAGCCGCACACAGCAGGACAACCAACUCUCACCGAUUUUGUUGUCGACUCGUCCACGACAAUCUCUUCGAUGGCUCAUAGCUCUGUCAAGAUGUCCGGGGCCCUCCCAAACUCUUCUCCUGCUCCAACCACAGACUCGUCCAGAUCACGUCUACUGCCUCCAGAGAAGCCUGCUAGCUCUUUGCACGAUUUUGGCAUAUCUGUCAGCAGACGUCCUAGUAAGAGCCCGUCACGUGCUAUCUCGCGUCAGUCCAAAUCAUUUCCAGAAAGCUCAUCCCCUACUUCUUCACAGAAUGAGGUUAUCAUAGUCUCGGACGAGUCGGUGGAGGGUUCAGUAGUGACUCCGCCAUCGUCUCUGUCGACACGUUGCAUUGUAUCAUCUCGACCGAUUUCUCCAAUCACUUUCACCGAACCGCCUGAAGCAAAUUCCGACUCUCACUCGUCAUCCAUCUCUUCCACUGUAACAGUCAACAAUUCACCGUCCAGUGCGUCUGCCAUUUCCCUCCCAAGAACCUCUCGCAUGUCAUCGAGCCGCGUCGUCACAUUGAGUGAAUCUUCGCAACAAGAACAGCAAUAUCAGGACGACUCUCGACCUGUCACCGUGUCACUGAGCAAGCAAAAAGGAUCAAAGCAAGAGGCCUAUUACAACUGGAAGGUUCCAAAAGACUCCUUGUACUCUAUCUCGACAAAAUGCUCACGACCCUCAUCCUCGAGUCAUGAUUCUGUCGCUUCAGGAGAACUCACAUCUGCAUCAUCCAAGGCUUUCAAGCACCAUAAGGAUGUACCCUCGCGCCGGACAGACGCAGAAAGUGAUGCCUCACUCUUGGUUCGGUCCACGGGUCAACAAACAUUACCUGAAGGAUACAAACCACCUCCACGCUCUUUCCGCGUCCACGAAACCGUCUCGGAGAGGACACGAACAUCUGGCCAGAGCCAAUCGGCUCGAUGCGCAAGCCGACCAUCAACGGCGACCACUCGACAGUCUACUCAGUUGGCUUCGCGAAAGUUAGUAGAAGCAGCAACCGCCGAAUGGAUAAUCGACGAGCAUUCUGAGCGGCCUGCUUCUCACUAUACAGGACCAGAAGUCGACGAAUGGGGACAAGCUGCGGAAUGGGAACAACCGUCAACGUCUUCACAUCACUCGAAGAUGUCGCGAACAUCAAGAUCGCACAAACGCUCAUCGCACAAAUCUGUCUCUGCCAGCCAUCGGUUCUGGACGGACGAACAGAAGGGUUCUCAGAAAUCGACCAGGUCCACAUCACCGAUCAACAUCGAAGAAGACUUACUUCAUUACCUGCCAGCGCCGUCUGAUGAUAACCGACUACCACCACCGAUACCUAUGCUUACUACCAUAUAUGAAGACAUGCUGACACCAGAGACUACACAUUUCGCAAGACCAGGCGCGAUCUCGCCACACCCCUUGAGCUCUGUUUCUUCGGCAGCCACAGCACGAAAGCCACCAACAAACGAACCGCAGCGAUUGAACUCGAGUGCCUCUUCAGGGGCACACGAUAGCAAUCAGAGCCGUCGAAGCUCGAGGCCGAGGAUGCUGGAGGAAGGAGCUUACCGCUCCACAAAAGAAGCUGGUCGUAGCAGUAAAGAGGAAGUAUCGCGAACAAAGGCGUCGGGCGGGGGCUGGAAAUUUUGGUAA